AUGUCAGGCCAGAUAUUUCUCUAUAUCUCGAACGGGCGCACCCUGUGGGUGCCGCGUCACACGGCCUCGCCCACCGAGACGAAGCCGGUGUGUAUGCUGAACUACGUGACGCCGAUGGAGUUGUCUCGGUCCUUUUACCUCUUCGACUACGCGGUGCAAGUGGUGGAGAACGCGCAGAUGGCGGCCAUGAACCCGAACGCGAAGACGCCGAACGAGGUGCUGGCAGCGGUGAACGACUUCCGCCGUGUCUGCGCCGAAGAUCAAAACUUCCUUCUCCAGCGCUGCUACAACUCGCCCGCCCAGCAUCAGCAGCAGCAGCAGCAACAGCCUCAGCAACAGCCUCAGCAACAGCAGCAGCAGCAGCAGCCUCAGCAAGUGAACGCUUACCCGACUCCUUACUCGUCCACCCCCGCCCAGCAGCAGCAGCUGAUGAUGUCUUCCGCGACCGCGUCAGGCUACGGCGGUGGCAGCAACAACGCAGGCGCUACCGGAGGUAUGGAUUCAGCAGCCCUGCUCACGCAGCUGCUGCAGCAGCAGCGCCAGCAGUCCCGUAUGAUCAGCUGCGGCAACACGAGCGGCCAGGGCUACCAGGACAACGGUGCCGGCGGCGCCUACGGCUACAACACCAAUGACGGCCGCAACUACUACGGUGGCGACCGCGGCCGUGGUGAUCGCCGCAUGCACGGUAAUGCCUACGGCAACAACAUGGGCUACUCGCAGAACAUGAUGAUGCAGGGCGGGAUGCCUCGGCCGCAGCAGCCGAUGAUGAUGGGCUACAACAGCAUGAACCCCUACGGCAUGGACCAGAUUAUGAUGUAUGGUGGCGGCCCCGGCCAGAUGUACCCGAACGCGCGUGGUGGCAGCGGGCGCCGCAGCAACAACUACGGCGAUCCCAUGAUGAUGAUGGCGCAGCAGCCCGGCAUGUACGGAAGCCGCCGCGGCAUGGGUAGCCAUUCGCAAUCGCAACAGCAGUCGCGGAUGGGCGCGACGGUGCGCAACGAGCCGGAGCCGAUCAACCUCGACGGCGUCACAGUGCCGGAGGAGAUCAAGACGGUGUACAUGAACCCCGCGCAGCAGCUUGUGAUCGCGACGAUGCCGGGCCCGCACAUGACGGUGUGGCUGCGCGAGCACCCCUUCCCGACGGACCUGCAGGACAAGAAGUUUGUCUUUGGGAAGAAGGGCAUCUGCCUGAUGCUAAAGGCAUCUUUCGAGGAGGUGAAGGGCAGCAAGCCGGUGGAGCUGUUCCCGAAGCAAAUCUGCACGCACUUCUUCAUCUACGGCUACUGCUCGCGCCCCAACUGCUUCCACGAGCACCACAACGAGGAUCAGCUGCGGGAGCUGAUCGCGGCGCGGCAUGUGCAGCUGAAGGCCAUGACGAAGGCUCAGCGGCACCAGCUGAUCGACGAAAUCGAGCAGAAGGAGAAGGAUGGCCUCGCGGCAGCAGCGGCUCACCGCGAGGAGCGAGAAAAGAAGCGCGCCGAGGCAGCUGCCGAGCGGGAGGCGCGUCGUCAGCAGCGGCAGCAGCAGCUAUCGCAGCAGGGUCAGAUGUACACCUCCUCCUCUGCGCCCAACACGCAGCCGAAUCCGUCGCAGGACAUCGGCAGCGACAACGAGGACGACGACGCCACGACGCAGGGUGGGGCCGGCAGCAGCCAGCAACAGCCUAGCGCGAACGCGUCACUGGCGAACAUGAUGGCGAACAGCCCCUCCCAGGACCACCAGGCCGUGUCGGCGGGGGCCGGUGAGGCGACGGCAGAGGCCUCCAAAACGCCUGCGAAAAGUGACGUCGCGGCGAAGCUUGGCAUUACCGAUAGUGAUGACGGAGACGACAACGAUGGCUCCUCCUCGUCCGCCAGCGGCAGCAGCUCCACGAGCAACACGAAGGCUAAGGCAGAUGUGGUGGAGGCGUCGGCGGCGGAUGAGGACGAGGGGGACGCCGAAGAGGAACACGACGACGCCGAGGAUGAGGAGCAGCAGGAGGAAGAGGAGGAAGAGGAUGCCAAGGUCAAGAAGUCUAAGGCGAAGAAGCCGGCGCCGAAGAAGCGCGGCCGUGCGGCCGUGCCGAAGAAGCCAACGAAGCGCGCUAAGAAGCAGUAG